AUGACAGACUGGAUGAGUGACUUGUCCAGUCCCCGGUACCCUAAUAACUACCCUGAUAACUCAUAUUGCACAUGGACCAUUCAUAGCACAGGGAACAUGACAGUGUCACUGACCUUCACCGAUGUUGUUUUGGAAACAUGCUGUGAUUACAUCAAAGUAUAUGAUGGUCCUUCAACCCUCCACCCCUUACUGGGAGAAAUACGGGAGUACAGGAACCAGUCUUUCAAAUCCAGCAGCAAUGAUCUGACUGUGUUUUUCUACAGUGACAGCAGUGUCACACGUAGAGGAUUUCACGCAAACUGGGUCUUUGUAGAGGCUCCCUCAGAUGACCCCUGCUACAGCUACACUGUACUGGACGAACCUUGGAGAGCCACUGACUAUCAGAAUGACUCUGUCUUAAUGUGUGACCGGAAUGUGAAUUGGUUUGGCUGGUAUCGUCUCUUCAUUCAUGGCCAGAGUGCCCAGAUGCCAAACAUGUGUAUUGAUGAGUACAAAUGUGGCACUCAUGCCCCACUGUGGUUAAAUGGUCAACACCCAAAAGCCAAGGAUGGAGUGGUCACCCGAGGUAAUCAUAUUUACAUGUGA